UGCGCACCUCAGUGGUUAGGUUGCCGUCGCUCCUGCUCCUGAUCCGUGGACGUUCACUUGUUACGUCUCCCCCUGAGUUAUCGACCACUGGAGUACGCGGGGUUAGCGUGCCUUCCGUAAGCUGACGAAGGUCCCAUGCUGGCUGCAUACCCCCGCUUCCGGGUGUAACAGAGCUCCCAGGCCGGUCCCGAGGCGUAGCCGGUGGCGUAGCCGGUGGCGUAGCCGGUUGACCUGUGGGGUUGUUAGCCCCACCAGCCCGGUUGCCCCGCCUACCUCUCCGACGGGUCAUCUGUCAGCACCACCUGUGCCGGCCGUUAUCCCAUGCAUUAAAUACCUGGCCAUGAUGGUCAAGCUGGGUGGGCAGCUGGAGGAGGUAGAGGAGGGGAAGAAGCCCCAUGUGUGGUACGGUGGACACCAGCAGCAGGUGACGAGAGGAGUGCAACAGCAGAGCAGCCGCCACAACCACGUCCUUACAGGGCACAGCCGGUACCAGCAUCAGCAGCAGCUGGUGCCCAACGAACGCACACCCCCUCCCGCUGCUCCCCCUCCCGAGCAGCAGCACCAAUGCAGCUGCUGUGGAGAGAAAGGUCAUGUUCAUCAGUAUUGCAAGUUCAACCUCGCCCGCGGACCGUUUCAGCAGCGGAAGAACGGUGGCUUUGGCGGCGGGUCUGUGUUCCAGCAGCAGCAGCAGCAACAGCAGCAGAAGCCAGACGUGGUGUAUGGCAGCACUGGUGGAUUUCAGCAGCAGCCGCAGCAACAACAGCUGGCGGCCGGCUCCACCCGUGGUGUGGUUGGACAGUUGAGUGGUGGGGUGUUUGUUGGCGAGAAGGAGGGGGGGGCUGCUGCCGGUUCGUUUGUGGCGUCUUUGCUGGUGAAAGCCCCCGCCAACGUAUCUUCUCCCAACGCAGUUACGCACCCCGCCACUCAUUCUCCCCCGCGACCCACGACAUCACGUGUAGCACCUGCAGCAGCGUGGAAACGCGCAGAGCUGGAUCUCAUGGAGGCCGGGUACAGUAGGAGUGUAGCAAUGCGGCAGAUUCCCGGACCAUACCGCGUUGUUGUAGUUUCGCCAUCCGCGGCAUCGCAACAACCCAAGCAGUCACCGUCGCAGCAGCAGCAGCAGCAGCAGCGGCAGCCAGCAGCCUCACUUGUGCCAUCAACCACAGCAAACCAUGUCGAUAAGAUCCGUCCUGCUUCCCCAUCUUCAACGAUUGGGAUUUGUGGAACGGCAUCCGCACCGGCGGCCGCAACGGCGGCUUCGGCCAGAGCUGCGGCGGCAGGACUAACGCCGCAUGGAGCGACAACGGCAGUGGCUGCGACGGAAACGGGGGCGGUGGGAACAGCAGCAGCAGCGGCACCCUUGGUGGCCGUGAUGGUGCCCGGCGUCGAGACGGUAGCAGCGGCGGCGAUGGCAACGGCGGCGGUGGGGACAGCACUAGCAGCGGCGUCCCCGGUUGCCGCGUUGGCGCCGGGCAGUCAAGACACUUGCGCCGAUAGCGGCGGUCUGACCUGCAGCAGCGGUGGAGACGACGGCAUCUACGGUUUCGAAAGGGGCGCGUCGUACCCUUUUGACCCGGGAGGAAUAUUUGCGCAGGAGGUGCCGGUGGCCGCAGCAGCAGCAGCGGCGACGGCGGAGAUGGCGCGGCCUGACAUGGAGCGGCAACGUAUCCCUUCGACAGAGGGAAGCUGUCCCGAUGGAGGAGAGCGACCAGGGGGCCCGUGCUGGGAGUGGACCUUCCGUUCGAUCGAGGUAGAGAUGCAUGGGCACAUGCUGGGGGGUGAUGCUUCGCACCAAGCGGCACCACCGGGAGCGCGGCGCCACCGGCACCGGCAGCAGUUUGAGCAGGGAUGGGAGGGCGCGCGAGCGGGGGAAGAGUUUACCCUUGUCUGUUUCCCCGCCGCCCACCCCUCCCGUGCCCCCCACAGCGCCACACCUGCAGCGAGCGCCGGCGACGUACGCGCAAGCUUACGCGGGGCGGGCGUAGCGAAAUUUGCGGAGUAAAGGCGAAGCGAAAGACGGAUAUUUGGCUCCGGUGGACACCCUCGAGCCCAACGAGCAGGGCGAGGAUAUGGUGGCACCGACGACCUCACCAUAUUUGCGCCAAAUUGGAGACCAUGUGAAAUAUUAACGAGUUUGUUUGGGUUUUGUGUGGAGGCAUUGGCAUGUUGACUUCACGUUGUUCUGUUCUUUGUGUUUUUUUUUUAUUGUUCCACGUCGGGUUUCUCACCGUUGCGCCGAAGACGAGAAAUUCAUCUAGGAAUCGCCUCCGAGAGACAAUGCGUUACUGUGUACGGCAUCCUUGUUUGUGGUUGAGUUUUUUUUUUUCUGGGUUUUGACUUGUGUUUCGGACCCGAAUUUGUGUGACAUGCGAAAUUCAGUGACAACUGUCGAACUGCUGGUUGUACUGCUGUCAAGAGCCAUGCCGGGGGGAUUUGUGUACCAUGUUUCUAGCCGCAGUACCAGCAGAGCAGAGUGCUUUCAUCGAGUUCUGUUCAAGUUGGAUUUGUUUCGUUUUGAUUUUCUUGGUGCUUUUUUCGUUCUGCUGUGUUUUGCGUCAAGAAUCAGGGGUGGAGGAAAUAUGUUGUCAUGAUUCCAGACGCAACACCAGCGAAUGCUAUGCGUUUUUUAUAUGUAUGCAGGGCAUGUUUCAGUUGGGGGGCUGUUUCGUACACUUUGAUGGUUUGAGAUCCUCUGUUGGUUGGAAAGGGAGGGAAGAAAGCGCAGGCAGAUAUAUCUGAAUGUUUCGGGGAAAUAUUCCAGCUGGGGGGCUGUUACGUAUUGAUGUUGAUAUUGAUACUGCUGUCUUGUGCCAAAACCAGUGAGAUACGGGUGGCACAGAAUUCGCAUGUUUCGGGAGAUGU